UGAUGGGACACCAGUCACUCCUGAUCACUACUGUCAGUGUCGGCCCUAUGCUGUGGAUGUUAAGGCAUUUGUAUCACAUAAGGACACGCUGUUGUGUUUUUGGGUUAAAUUCUGUGAGCAGUGGACGUCGGGGACAAGAUGGAGUGUACAGCCAAGUCUUCUAAUGGCGAGAGUAGUUCGUCGGAGGACAGUAAUUCAAGAUCUCCAAAACCUGAACAAUGGGGAAAUAAGGUGGACUUCUUUCUGUCCGUGCUUGGUCUCGUGGUCGGAUUCGGAAAUGUGUGGAGGUUCCCUUAUGUGUGUAUGAAGAAUGGCGGAGGAGCCUUUCUAUUACCAUACCUCAUCACUAUCUUCCUACUGGCCAUCCCUGUUUACUUCAUGGAGGCGGGCCUCGGGCAGUUCUCUGGCAGAAGUAUGCGGGACGUGUGGAUAUUUUGUCCUCUUAUACAAGGUGUUGGUCUCGGAUUACUCUUACUGAUGAUACUUUGUGUGUGGUACUACGUCAUGUUAACCACUUGGGUGAUCUAUUAUCUAUACCAAUCCUUCAUCUUCCCGCUCCCGUGGAGUACGUGUGGGAAACGAGUGGAAUACACCCCACUGCUUCAGUUUUCUGGACAUGCGUACACCGAACACAACAUUGAUGAACUCCACUGUAACCAACGAAACACUGUACAACGGAACAUUUUACAACGCCACGUACAACACGACAAACGUAUCCCAUAACAAUCAAAGGAACACGGUGUUCCGAGAGGGACACAGCUCUGAGGAAGAGUUCUGGCAGUAUAAAGUGUUGGACAUCUCUGCCGGGUUUCAUGACUUCGGUUCUCUGAAGGGCCACCUCGUCAUAUGUCUGCUGAUAACCUGGAUAAUCGUCUACUUGUGUGUCAUCAAGGGGAUCAGAUCAUCAGGCAAGGUGGUGUAUGUGACAGCAACGCUCCCAUACGUCCUUCUCACUGUCAUCCUCGUCCGCAGUCUCACGCUUCCAGGAUCAGUUGAUGGUGUCAUAUUCUUUCUCAAACCAGACUUCCCAUCACUUCUCAAUUCCCAGGUAUGGAUACAGGCGGCUAUACAAGUGUUCUAUUCCAUGGGUAUUGGUUGGGGUAUCCACAUCACCUUAUCCAGCUUUAAUAAAUUCAACAAUAAUUGCUACAGGGACGCCUUCAUGCUGACGUUAGCCGGAGAAGGGACGAGCGUUUUUGCAGGAUUGGUCGUUUUUUCAGCACUAGGAUUCAUGGCACACUCGGCUAACAUGCCCGUUGCAGAUAUUGUUAAAUCUGGUCCCGGUCUUGGUUUCAUCGCCUACCCUCAGGCCCUGGCACAGAUGCCCUAUUCUAACAUAUGGGCAGUUUUAUUCUUCCUUGCCCUUUUCACUGUUGGUCUUGAUAGCCAGUUUGCAUUCACGGAAACAGUGAGUGUGUAUCUUGAGGCGUCUUUUCCUCGCCUUGGCUCUAGAAGGGCCCUGUUCAGAGCUCUCCUGGCUGCUUUCGGGUUCUUCGCCAGUCUGGUGUUUUGUACUAGGGGAGGAGUAUACCUGUUCCAGUUAAUCGACUGGUACUGCGCCGCUUUUUCGCCGAUAUUGUUUACACUGCUAACGUGUGUCACAGUCAGUUGGGUGUAUGGUGCAGAACGUUUCUGUCGCGACAUUGAAAUGAUGAUUGGGCGAACAGUACCUUUCUAUAUCCGGUUCUGCUGGUGCUUUAUGUCGCCGAUUCUCUCCGCCGUGCUGUUGGUGACGUCACUAGUGACGUAUGUACCCCCGACUUAUGGAGAUUAUGAGUACCCGUGGUAUGCAGCAACCGUGGGUUGGAUGUUUGCCUGUUCAUCGCUCAUUCCCCUGGUAGUGGUUGGCAUAUUGGUGGUCUGGAAAUCGCCUGGAGAUAGCCUAUAUCAAAAAGUCUUAUCGUCGGUAAAGCCGACAAAUGACUGGCAGCCGUCAUCUAAACGAGACAUAUAUCAAUCUGAAGUCCCAUUCUUAGACCCAAAGUCUCACCAGACAAAUGACAGGAACAUCAAAGGAAGCUUCUCCCAACGGAUUCUCGUAAACAUUGGAUGCCGGAAGGAGGCUGUGUAGUUGUCGUGGUUAGGAAUACUGGACAAUGCACGUGUUGUCGGACACAGUUAGUCCAUGCUACUGGACAGUACAAUUGGUACAUACAUGUAUGCGAAUUAUAAUUAAUUAGUGGGAUACUAUGAAUUUGUGCAUCUUUGAUAUCCAGUCUGACUGGAGGUUAGGAUUAACUGCCUUAGCUUUUACUUCGUUGUAAUGAGGCAUAUUUCAUUCGCGUUAAUUGCGGAGUGGUAUUAUAUACAGUGUUCAAUAGUAUAUGGAUGUGUAUUGUAUAGAUGGGAUAUAUAAGGAUGGAUUGGACACAAUCAUUUAACAAGACAUUACAUUUAAUUGUAUAAAAUGCAUUUUUAUCAUAAAAUAUACUUAAAGCUUAAUAGGACAUGUUUUUCGCAAUAUGGAAAGCAAUUGGUGUGAAAAGUGUUUUACCCAGGACAGAUGUAAUAUUUCUAUGAGAUAUGAACAUUGGGAUUUGAUAUAAUGUUUUCAAUUUUAUUUCUUCAAGUUCAUCCUACAUAACAAACUGUUCAUUUUUGCAUUUGUAAAAUAGCAUCGGUUGUAAACACAAUGUCACAGAUACAAUGUAGCCAUCAACGUAACCAUUGUAUUGCACAUCUAUAUUGCGUCGUACUUGUCGAACGUGUGCUACAUUCCUGUCAAUAAUUAGAUCAGUCUCGAGAUUAUAACCGUGUACACUAUAAGCUGUCUGUCAUACACAAAGAGUCCAGUUUGAUGGUGUGACUGAUCAGUACUUGGCACAAUAUAUCCCUUCUGUACAUGGGGCAGCAUCUGUAAUACAAGUAUAUAUAGGUCAAUUAAAUACGUGUAAAAUCA